AUGCUGCAACCUUGCGUCCUUUCGUUCAAUGCGCCACCUCCAUCUCCGCCUCUCUGUCCGCCACAUUUUUCCCUGCAAACCCUCCAAGGACCAAACAAACUAUUCUUCAACAAAAGCUCUUUCAUAUUACCCAAAACCCACUCAAGAAGGCUUCUUUGCAAGCCACCAGCUGGGAAGUAUCUCAGCGACGACUAUCUCGUGAAAAAGCUGUCUGCAAAAGAUGUCCAAGAGUUAGUGAAGGGAGAUCGAAAUUUACCAGUGAUCCUCGAUUUUUAUGCCACAUGGUGUGGUCCUUGUAUCUUGAUGGCUCAAGAACUUGAGAUGCUUGCUGUUGAAUAUGAAAACAAUGCAAUAAUUGUGAAGGUCGACACAGAUGAUGAAUAUGAGUUUGCACGUGAUAUGCAGGUUCGAGGAUUGCCGACAUUGUAUUUCAUAAGUCCAGACCCGAAGAAAGAUGCUAUCCGUACGGAGGGGCUAGUGCCAAUACAAAUGAUGCGUGAUAUACUGGAAAAUGACAUGUGA